UCUGAAAAUAGUGUUGUUGGUGCUAUGCGCCACUGCGGUCGGCAGCUAUGCAACUGAACUCAUCGUCCAAACGUCGCUUGGUCGAAUCAAGGGGUCGUUGAUGAAAACAAUAUUGGGCAAGACUAUCUAUGCUUUUAGAGCCGUUAGGUACGCUAAAGCUCCAGUAGGUCAACUGAGGUUCAAGAAUGCUGUGCCAAUUGAAUCCUGGAAUGACAUUUACGAUGCCACGCAAGAAGGGCCUGCCUGUCCAACACCGACUGUUAAGGGAGAAAUUAGCGAAGAUUGUCUCCGUCUAAAUGUUUAUUCCAAUGAGCUUCCAACUGCUACCAAAAAAGUCAAGAAACCAGUCAUCGUCUUUAUUCAUCCCGGUGCCUUUUACGGAUAUUCCGGGCAGAGCUCUUCCUUCGGACCUCACUAUUACCUCGAUCAGGAUAUCGUUUUAGUUACCAUUAAUUACAGACUCGGAGUAUUAGGCUUCAUGAGUACUGGAGAUGCGCGUGCACCAGGAAACUUAGGUCUCAAGGAUCAAGUGGUUGCACUUCGAUGGAUUCAAAACCAUAUUACAAAGUUCGGUGGUGACCCAAACUCCGUUACUGUCACUGGUUGCAGUGCUGGUUCAUGGAGUACCCUUUUUCAUCUUUUGUCACCUGUUUCGAAAGGGCUUUUUCAUCGUGCUAUUGCUAUCAGUGGUGCACCCACUGUACCCGAGCAGCUACCUUACAAUCAAACGCAUUUGAUUACCAAGCAGGCUAGUUUUGUCGGAUGUCCUACUGAUAAUGUUGACAAGGCUAUAGAAUGUUUGAAAACCGUACCAUAUAAACAGCUUAGUGAUUCUCUGCCCAGAUUUGCUGAGUGGUACGGGGAUCCUAUAUUAGUCUGGUCACCAGUCGUUGAGCCUAAAAUACCCGGAGUGGAAAGAUUCAUUACGGAUCAACCAGAGAAUUUACUUCGCAAAAAACAGUUUCAACAAAUUCCCGUAAUCAUUGGUGUUACUAAAGACGAAUUUUCUUCUGCUCCAUUGAGUGCCCUUGAACAAGCAAUGCAAGGCGAUGAUUCGAUUUAUCGUAAUGUCACCGAAAAUUGGUAUUUCGCCGCUCCUAUCAGUUUCCAAUAUGAGCGUGGUACUGAGCGUUCGAAACGUAUCAGCCGCGAAAUUUAUAAAUUCUAUUUCAAUGACAAACCAAUCACCGUCGAAAAUGGCCCUAAUCUUGGAUUGAUUUAUGCUGACGCACAAAUUGGCUUUUUGUCUCAUCGAUUUGCUCAACUACUUGCUGAAUACUCGACUGCUCCUAUUUAUGAGUAUCAAUUUGCCUAUCAAGGGAGAUUCAGCUGGGCCAUGUGGAAAAGUGGUCCUAAAAAAGGGCAACCAUACGGAGUUGUUCAUCAAGACGAUCUCAUAUAUUUAUUCACUAUGCCUGGAUAUGGUUUCCCCGCUUUCAACUCUACUGACCCCGAAGUCAAGAUGAUUAAAAAACUUACUACAAUGUAUGCGAACUUUGCCAAAACUGAUGAACCUAUUCCUAAGAAUAAUAACCUAUUCAAGGGUGUUCAUUGGGAGACUCUCGACCCAAAGAAAUCAAAUUAUCUUGAGAUUAAUGAUAAUUUUACUAUGAAAAGGAAGAUGUUUGCCGAUAGAUACGCACUGUGGGAUAGAUUAUUUCCCUUGCGUCCGCUGCCAAAAUGAUUUUGUAAAUUACAGUUUCUUAUAACUUGUGGUUCUAUGUGAUAUUGCAAAGCUUUUAUAUAUUUUUUGUAAAAAUAAUAAGAAUUUCAU